AUGGUACUUCGAAAUCGAAUAUCUGCUGUCAAUGAGCUCAUUGUUUGCAAAUCUCAUGAGAAGUGUAACCCCAUGUGUUCUUCAAACAUUCUUAACGAUCCAAGAAAAUGUAGAUCCAAGAAACAGUUUGAAAUAUUAUUUGAUUUUCUUGGUCCAGCAAAAUAUGAAUUAAAUUACUGGAAUUCCAUAUAUUCCAAAAAUAGCACACAAAAGCAACCAAACCAAUUUUUUUUGAAUAUCAAAGAACAAUUAUUUGUUACUCUUUUAAGACUUCGACGUGGCUAUAACAUUGUCACAUUGGCUCAUAUGUAUAGUGUCAGUGAGUAUAACAUACGUAGAAUUUUUACAACUUGGAUAAUGUUUCUGUUUCAUCACUUUAAAGAAUAUGAAGUUUUAAUGUUUCCACCUCGACAACAAUUUAAACAGUUUCUUCCUUCAGUUUUUAAAAAUUUCACAAACAUAAGAUGUUCAGUUGAUUGCACUGAAUUUUUCUGUGAAAUGCCACGUGAUUAUGGUAAGCAAGGCAAUAACUAUUCUUCGUAUAAGCAUCAUUGUACUAUGAAAUGUCUAAUUGCUGUAAAUCCUCAUGGAGCUGCUUGUUUUGUUUCAAACCUUUUUGAAGGAAGUAUUGAUGAUGUCACAAUCUUUCAACAGUGUGGCAUUUUAUCUUUUAUUAAUCCUGGUGACAGUUUAUUAGUGGAUAAAGGCUUUACAAUACAAGAUCUCCUGCUGCCAAAACAAGCGACAAUAUACAUCCCUGCAUUUUUUGGAAAACGAAAAUCUCUUACUAAAGAAGAGUUAAUUGCUAAAGCACGUAUUCAUAUUGAACGAUUUAAUGAACGUUUAAAAAAAUUUAGUUUUAUCAAUGGAACCAUUCCACAAAAACCUAGCCCUAUUGCUUCACAGCUAGUUUACGUUGCAGCUUGCCUUGUUAACUUUCAAGAUUGUUUAUGCAAGUAA